AGAGAGAGAGAGAGAGAGGGAGAGCGCUCGGGGGCGCGCGUCUGAAAAUGUUGCGCAGGAAGAAAGCUGAGAGCCGGGCUGUAUGGAGCUGUCUGCGAUAGGAGAGCAAGUGUUCGCGGUGGAGGACAUCAGGAAGAAGCGGAUCAGGAAGGGCAGAGUGGAAUACCUUGUGAAGUGGAAAGGAUGGCCCCCAAAGUACAGCACGUGGGAGCCCGAAGAUCACAUUCUGGAUCCGCGACUGGUCAUGGCUUAUGAGGAAAAGGAGCAGCGAGACCGUGCACUUGGAUACAGGAAGCGGGGCCCGAAACCGAAACGAUUCUUACUGCAGCGGAUCUAUGGCAUGGACUUGCGGAGCGCCAGCAAGCUCAAGGAGAAAGGGAAGGUUCGCCUCUCGUUGUCCCGGCGCUUUGACAGCACCUCGGUGUCCGGCCCGGCCCAGCUGGAGCUCAGCGAGAACGGGAAGCGGAUCCAGUUUCCGCUGGCGCGCAAGCACAAGUUCUUCAAGGUGGCUAAGAGCAAGUGCGCGGCACGGGCCGUCAGCCUGGCCAAGAACCACGGCGCCAGGGAGUGCUCGGAAAAGGACGCUGGUCGGGACGGGCGGAGCAAGUUCCCGGACUCUGAGUUUGAGGACGAGGAAGUCCGAAGCAUUCCGGAGAGAACAGAAGGGGCUGCCUCUCCCGUCGGGAACCCCUCAGCCAUUCCCGCUGGCUGGCAUCCCUCCAUCCCUCUGGGCGACAUCACGGUGACGGAUGUCACAGCGAAUUCCCUGACAGUGACCUUCCGAGAAGCGUUGGUGGCAGAAGGAUUUUUCAGGGAUCGCAGCUUAAGUUGCUAACCUCAACAUCAACAAAAGGAGAUUCCCCCCACCACCCACCCAACACCAGGCCUUUCGUCCGUCCUGUGAAACACUUCGUCCAUUUUCCUCACAGUGAAGGUUCCAUUUGUAUGAACCCCGUGGUUUUAAUGUGUGUGGCAGUCACGUGGUUAACGUCCACAACUGGCAGAUGCCGGUGUCGUCCCACCUUGGCAUGGAGCAUCCGAUCACGUGUUGUCUUCCGGCUCUCCGACCAGGCGUCUUGGGAGUUUUGGGAGGAGGUCUAAUGGACUGAGCUUCUUGCGAGGAGACUUCUGAACUUGCGCAGAACGGACGGUGAUCGUGUGGUACGUGGUGGCUUGGGAGGUGCAGCAAGGUCCCAGAAUGUACGUGUGCGCACCCCACCCUCUAUGUUGAACUCCUAGAGAACAGAGAGGUCAGGAGACCCCUGUUGGCCAUGAAACUUUGCUGACCGUUUUGGGAGCCAGUUCUUCUUUCGAGCGGAUGUCAUGAGUUCACGGUCAAUAAAGCCCAUCCUGGACCCCUGUCAUGUCAGCUGCUGGAGAUUGCGGCUGUCUGUGUCACUAGCUGUCCACCGAGGGGUGAUUUCAGGUCCACUGGCUGGCUGUGAGCCUCUGUACCGGUCUGGGCUGCUCAACACCUGAACUUUGGCCAAUGUCUUCCAAAGAGACUCGCCUGCGCGGGAAGGCAUGGGCUCUCCCAGCUCAGAGUCCACAGCCAGCCCUUCCCUGCUGUCCUUUUGUCCCUGCCUGUAACAUCAUGGCAACAGAAGGGGAAGGGUGGGGGGGGGGGUCACCUCACGACCCCUGGACAGAGACCCCCCCCCCCCCCCCCAGGAUGUUGGUGUUGGUCAUUGAUUUCUGAAAUGUCUCCGGGUUUUUUAAUCAUCCGCGGUUGACUGCCAGGAUGAGGUAGAGUGGGGAGAGUUAGCCUGGGAAGCGUAGGCUUGG